AUGAGUAAAUAUCCAGAAUAUAUAAAUAAUGAACCACAAACAAUUUCAUUAAGAGAUUAUGAUGAUGCAGAAUGGACUAGUACUACUUGCUUAGAUAAUAGAAACGAUGGGUACGUUGUUGUUGAAAUGGAAAAUCCUAACAAAAUUAUAGUCAAAAUUGAUUCAAAAGAUAAUGAUGUAUUGGAUAGAAUUUUUAAAAGUGCUAAAGAAACUCAUGCAAAACAACAACAACAAAGUUAG